AUGAGCGACGACGACGACGACGACGGCGAGGGCGAGGGCGAAGGGGGUGAAGGAGAGGAGAACGACGACGACGCGAAGGUCGGCACGCUGGUCAUGGCCGGCGGGAUGAAGCCCGCGGAGGAGCUCGACGCGGAGGAGGUGCAGCGCAUGGAGCUCGGCGGCGUCGAGGACGUCGGCCAGGUGGCGAAGCUCGAGGGGAGCAAGCGCAUGAAGGAGAUAUUGAAGGAAAUCGAGAAGUACCAGUCCGCGCCGACGCCCGCCGCGUCCAUGUCCACCCUGCCCGCGCACGAGAACCCCGAGUAUAACCUCAUCGUGCAGGCGAACAACUUGUCGGUCGACGUGGACAAUGAGAUCCUGGUCUUCAUCCGCGAUCACUAUGCCACAAAGUUCCCGGAGCUCGAGCAGCUCGUCACAGACCCCGCGAUGUACAUUCGCGCCGUCCGUGCGCUGGGCAACGCAGAGGAUCCUACCAAAGUCGACCUCGCCGGUGUACUCCCCCCAGCAGUCAUCAUGAGUGUCCUAGUCACAGCCACGACAACCUCGGGGCACCAACUAACGGACGCGCAAUACGCCGCUGUCCAGCGAGCAUGCGACCUCGCCGACCGCUUGGAAGAAGCCCGGAAAAAGAUUUUCAUGUACGUGAGCUCGAGAAUGAAUGUGUUGGCGCCGAACCUAUCAGCUAUUGUUGGUACUACUACAGCAGCGAAGUUGUUGGGUGUCGCCGGCGGUCUCAGUGGUCUGGCUAAAAUGCCCGCGUGCAAUGUCCAUUUGUUGGGAGCGCAGAAGAAGAUUGCCGCUGGAUUUUCUACCGCGACGCAGAAGCGGCACACUGGUUUCGUAUUCCAGUCAGAAGUGGUACAACACACCCCACCGGAUUUCCAGUCCAAGAUUCAGCGGACAGUUGGUGCCAAGUGCGUGCUCGCUGCGCGGAUGGACCUGGAGCGCAGAAGAACGGACGGGAGCUACGGCUCGGAACUGCGGGAGAAAAUCGAGAAGCAGAUAGAUCGCCUCGCGGCGCCUCUCCCGCCCAAGGUUAUCAAGGCUUUACCAGUUCCCAACGACGGUCCUAAGAAGAGGCGCGGUGGUCGACGUGCGCGGAAAGCAAAGGAGGCAUAUGCGCAGACAGAACUGCGGAAGCUGCAGAACCGGAUGGCGUUUGGCCAGCCGGAAGAAGAAGUCGGCGCGUUCGACCAGACGAAGGGUCUCGGAAUGAUUGGUGUCGGGACGGGCAAAGUGCGGGCUGGCAUGGGCGAUGCGAAGAGCAGAGCGAAAUUGUCAAAGGCGAACAAGCUGCGCACGGCAGCCCUCACGAAGGCAGCCCAGUCUUCGCAGACGUCGGGUACUGCUACUUCUUUAACGGUUACUCCUGUGCAAGGAUUCGAGCUAACCAACCGUGCGGCUGCUGCGCAGCGAGUCAAGGAGGCGAACGAGCGAUGGUUUGCCGGAGGUACUUUCUCGUUCGUGGGGCAGAAGGGAAGCACUUCGUCGAAAUGA